AUGAAGAAGAAAGCAAGCAAAGCCAGCGGAAGCCACCCUGCGAAACGCCAAAUCCUCAUGCUCCUGAAGGAUGAGGGCAGCGGUGUGCCUGGUGUGCCACAACGGCGCCUGGCGGCUGUGGCGCUGGCACUGUCCCUAUCCCUGGCAGGUCUCAGUAGUGCGAGGGCUUUGAUCAAAGGCAACACGCCUCCGAAGGACUAUGGCUUGGGAAAGGGCCUCAAUAAGGCUGGGCCCUUGGACUGUAGAUCUCGCACCGAGUGCGAAGAGAUGGGUUUGAAGCGAGAAGAGGAGAAGUAUGGCAACCCCAACUCGCAGGAAAAGACCUACAAGCUCACCUCCAGCGGUGCGCGGUACAAGGACAUGAAGCCGGGCAACGAGUCAGACGGCGUUGUCAAGGUCGGCGAUGAUUUGAAGAUCAGGUACAGAGUGAUGCGAAGCGGCAAGAGAUCCUACGAUGGACUGUCCGGAGAGGCGACAACUCUGUUUUCACUCGGAUAUGGCGAAGACGAUGGCCCCAAGGACGCCACUUUGAAUGCUCCCAUUGGGCAAGGCCGUUUUGUUAAGGCUUUGGACGAGGGCCUGGUUGGCAUGGCCGUGGGUGGCGUGCGAAGGGUGCAGGUGCGACCUGACUAUGGCCUUGGUUGGAAGAAGGAGGGGAAGUGCGCUGAGGCUAUUGGAGCAGUUGGCGUGGUGGCUGGCUUGCCUGCUGCUGGUGCAGAACGAGAGUCUGCAUGCCUCGAUGACUCGCUGCUGCCGCAGCCGAUUGAUUGGGAUGCGAAGCGACGGUUUGAACGACGCUUUGACGAGGGCUUGAUCGUUGAGGUUGAGCCCCUUGGCUUAUGGGGCUGGGCAAGUGACUUCAUUGACUUUCGCAAAAAAAAGGCUGAUGCCUUGUGUCGAGAAGCAGAGGAGGAGGAGAAGAAGGAAACGGCUGCCUCCAACCAGGCUCUGGGCCUUGAAGAAGGACCGAAGGGUCCCCCAACAGCUCAGGCCGAGAAGGAACUCAGCAAUCUGGGAGCCCAUUCUAAGCAGCGCAACGACUUCAUUGCUUGGCAACAGGAGCGCGAGGUGACUUUGACACACACAGAGUGUCCAUCGCAGGAUGGGACUGUGGACCUCUCUGAGUACAAGGGCAAGGCCAUUCGCCUCAAGGGCUGUAGAGGUGUGAACUAUGUGGUGCCCUGUAGCGGUGUGUUGAAGCUCAUGAUGGACAGCUGCAGUGAUGUGCAGCUGCACCUGCAGGGCUCCUUGAUCACCUCUACGUUGGAGCUCUACAAGUGUCAGCAAGUGGAGGUCACCUUGGACCAGCCCUUGGGCACAUUGCAGGUGGACGAAUGUCCCGAAGCGCUGCUGGUGCGCUAUGCGGAGAGGGACUUUUUUGGCAAGGCCUACCAUCAGAACUCGCCAGGAUUCGCAGUAGCUUGGGGCCUGGCCGGCGGGUCGGCAUGCUCACAGACAAUUGGUCGUGAGGGGCCGUUCCAGCUGAUGAGCUGUAUCGCAGAGGGUUCCCUCCAGACGGAGGCUGUGAGACGUGGAGAGAUGGAGUUCCCGUUGGAUUUGGGCCUUGCCAAGAAACAAGAUCAGCCGGAGCCCGAGGCCCUGCCGGCGGCAGAGGAACGACAGAAGGAGGCUGAGAGACAACGCAUGGCGGGCAACGAGAUGUUCCGUGCCAGCGACUUUGCCCAAGCCGCAGCGCUCUACAGCUUGGCUUUGGAGAAGGCUCCAGAGAUGGGUAGCGUGUGGGCCAACCGAGCCCAGUGCUGGUUGAAACUUGGAGAUCAUGAGAAGGCCCUGGCUGAUGCCAAAAAGUGCACCGAGGUGGAGCCAACUAACCCCAAGGGUUGGUUCCGGCAGGGCAUGAGUUUACACGCUAUGAAACGAUAUGCCGAAGCGAUCCCUUUUCUGCUGGAGGCUGAGAAACUGGAACCGAGCAACAAGCAGAUUCAAGAUGCCAUCAAAAUGGCACAAAUGAAGGCGAGGAACAGCGCCUAUGCGCAGAGCCAGUGA